ACCCUUGAAGACACAAGCCUUUCCCCAUUCUCAUCACAUAUAAUAUUCUCUCCUACUUUUAAGCAUGAAGAAGCUCUGCCGGAAAGGCACGGUCCACCCAUCGCCGCCGCUCAUCUCCGACCCCCUGGCUUUUCUCCCCGCCGCCAUCUUGACCCUCGCGGCGGCGCUCUCGCCGGAGGACAAAGAAGUCUUGGCCUACCUCAUUUCCUGCUCCUCCGGCAACAACCGCAGGAACCUGUCAUCCACCGUCACCAUCGGUGGCGGCGACCACCACCCGCCUUCCUUUAGCUGCAGCUGCUUCGGCUGUUACAUGAGUUACUGGGCGAAGUGGGACUCUUCGCCCAAUCGCCAACAGAUUCACGAAAUUAUCGAUGUUUUCGAAGAAGGGUUGGCUCAGAGCAAGAAGGAGAAGAACAAGAGAGAGAGGAGGAAGAGGUCUUCGAAGGGGUCGGAUGAGUUGAAGCGGUCGGAAUCGAGCCCUAACAAGGACGAGUUUAGUGAGUCGGAAUGGGUGGAGGAAACUAGAAUCGGCGGUGGCGGAGACGAAGCGGAGGCUUUUGGCGGCGGCGAUGAGGGAGAGGAAGGUUUGGACAAGGGGCCGAUGAAGAAGUUUGUGAGUUUCAUUGGAGAGAAGCUUUGGAGUGUUUGGGCCUAAAAGGAGUAGGUUGUUCUUCUACUUUCCUUCACUGGUUCUUGGCUAUUAAUCUUCUUUCUUUUUCCCCGUUCCUUCCUGGGGGUUGUAAUUACUCUCUCUCUCUCUCUCUCUCUGUAAAAAUUGCUAGUUUUGAAUGAUUAGCUUCCUUUCCUCCUAAAUCAAUGGCUAUUGUUAUAUUGUGCUAA